UAUCACAUUUUAAAGGAAGGUUGCCGUAUAAAAAAAUGGCUGCCAGACAAAAAUAAAGAGAUCAAGUGAGCAAAUCAAAGUCAAAGUUAAAAUUGGUGAUGGUUAACUAGUAGAUUUCCUUAUGUACAGUAUUUUUAAUGACAAAAUUAAGGUUUCUACAUGGUUAUUAAAUAUAAAAAAUAAUCUCAACCCAAAUGUGAGAAUGAAAUGCAUUUAGCUAGAUAUACAAGUACCACUAUUAAAAUCUUAAAAUUUAAUGUACUGGAUGGUAAUUAAAAGCUGUUGUUACGUUAACUACAUCCAUUAAUAGAAAGUAAAAAUAUCAGGCUAUAAGUUUUACUUAAAGUCAACCAAUACCUAGCUAGCUACCUAGAUUCGCAAGUUUAGUGCAUGCUAAUAUACAUUUCACAAAAUUUAAACAAUGGUUCACUUAAUUGAACAUCAGAAGUUGAUUGAUGAGUUGAAUACUCUGGAAAAUUAUUCACCCCAAGAAAGACUUAAUCAUGCUAAAACAAGAAGGCAUGGACAACUAGAAGCAUAUUAUGAAAGAGAAAACAAUCCUGAUUCAUUUCCAUACACCAAGGCAAGUCAUAACAAAAAUAUACGGUUUGACAAAAAUAUUGAAUUGAUUGAGGCAGCUGCCAGAAAUGAUGCUGAAGAAGUUGUUAGCUUUAUGAAUGUCAAAUGGAGUCCAAAUUUGCAAAAUGAAGAUGGUCUCAGUGCAUUGCAUCAGGCUGUGAUUGAAGAUUGUGAAGAUGUGGUUGAUGUUCUUGUGAAGCAUGGUGCUGACCUAAACAUAAAAGAUGCUGAUCUGUGGACUCCACUCCAUGCUGCAGUUGCUUGCGGUAAUUAUGAAUUGGUCAAGUAUUUGGUGGACAAUGGAGCCAGUCUAGUUGAAAUAAAUACAGAUGGUAACAUGCCAAUUGAUCUCGUUGAAGAUAACGAAGACGUAGAAAUAUUUCUUGAUGAAGCUAUGGCAAAAGCAGGUUACACUGAGGAAGAUUUAGAGAACAUAAGAAAUGAAAUUCCUAAUCAGAUGUUGGAAGAUUUGAAAGACAGUGUUCAGAACAAAAGAGAUUUAAAUAUUGUUGGGGAACAUGGUGAAACUGCUAUGCACAUUGCAGCAGCAAAUGGAUACGAGGAGGUUGUGAAUUAUUUACUUGACCAUGGUGCCAGAAUCGACGUUAUUGAUCAUGACUGCUGGCAACCUAUACAUGCAGCUGCUUGCUGGGGUCAGGACAAAAUCAUUGAGAUAUUAGUAAAUCAUGGUGCGGAUCUGGAUGCUGUUACAAAAGAUGGGGAAACUCCUAUCGACUUGACAGAAGAUGAAGAACUCCAGGGUAUGAUUAUUGAGUUGAAGGAAUCUGGACAUAAAACCAAAGAGCUAAAGAGAAGCCAAAGUAACAGCUCCAGGACGUUAUCAGUGCGGCGUUCAAGCAUAGUAGAAAAACACAAAAUAUCUCUAAAUGAUGCGAAACAAGAAGGAAUAUUUAGACAGAAUCCAGAAUUUUUACAUGUUGUAAUAAAAACGGAUGAUGAUGUUGAUGACGAAGAAGGGAAGCAAAAUGUUUCAUCUUCAGCUUUAAAAACAUUUUCUGGACAUACUGAACCACCUACUCCUGAAGAGAAAAAUCAAACCAAAGUAGAGAUAUCUCCACAUUCAAAAAGCACAAAUUCAGAUCAAGCAGUUUCUUACAGAAAAAUUGAGGAAAAAAUUACAAUAGAAUCUGAUCGGUCAGCUGCUUCAUCAAAAAACACAUCACCACAAGUAAAUCGAUCUCCUCCAUUGGCAGAAGUUGAUGACAAUGAUACUGAACAUAAAAACAAUGGCUUAGAAACAAAUACUAAUAAUAUUGACGUAGAAAAAGGUGAAGUCCACACAAGUCAUAACACAGCUGCAAAAAACCACAAAACUUUGAACGAAUCCACAGAUAUGAGUGUUAAGAAAAAGUGUUGUGUCAUCUUGUAAUCACAAUGAUGGAAAUAUCUUUAUAAAGAAGAGCAGCGUGGUUUACUUGAAGCGAACUAACUGAAGAUUCAUAGUUUUAUUUUUAACAACAUACUUUUGAACACACAUUCUCGAAACAGAAGAUAUUGUAAAGAGUUCAGAUAAACAUUUUGAUGUUCCAUUUUUCUGGAUUUUACGUUCGUUUUUGACAGGUCAUCUAUCAAUUUAGGUGAAAGCUAUCAAGUUUUUAUCAUUUUCCUAUUUUACAUUUCAACAAUCAACACGCAAAUGCCUAAUUGGAAUUUGUGACUAAACAAAACGAGUGCAAAAAGAAAAAGAAAAAAAGAUUUUUGACAGCUUACUUCAAGUUUUUAAAAUUCUUUCUAAAUAUCAAUGAUAAAGCAGCUUAAAUGUAUAUUAUGUAUAAUUUUUUUUAUGACAAAAGCUUGUAGGUAGAAAUAUUGCAAAAACAUUGAAAAACACAAACACAUUCGUGAUAACGUUAGAACAGGUUGUUUUAAUUAAAGUAAGUAUAAACAAGAAAUAGAUGAAAUACUUUGUGAGUUUUUAUAUCUUGUUUAUAAAACCUUUUGUGGAAAGGCAUUCUUUGAAUCAAAGGAGAUAAAUUCAACAAUUCUUUUGGUUUUAAUGUGUAUUAGGUGUUCGAAAAAAGAUAUAAUUUUUGUUUUUGUUAUGUAUGUGUGUAGUGUCAGUUUCAGAUUAUGUAGAGCUUAUUGUCCUAACUAUGAUGGAAAUAAAAAAUUGGUGGUAUUUGCUGUUUUUUGUGAGUCCAAAACUCAAAAGUGAAAGAAGUGGCCCUUCUCUUACAAGCAGGAUAACAUUUUCUGAAUUACUACCAACAGAUAAAUAAAACCACAUUUUGUUUAGCUUUGAAAUGCGUUUUUUAAUAACCAACACCAGAAUUUAAAUUUUUUCCUGCACCAUUACAUGUGGCUCUCAGAGACUCCAAGGUUUGGUUUUUCAGUAAAAUCAGCAACCAACGCCAAUGUUUAUUUUUAUCGUGAGUUUUUCUUAGGUAUUUUCAGGGAUAGAAGUUUUUAUAUUGUUUUAAAUGGUUUUUUGGAAGAUUGUAAUUUAUACUUUAUUUACUUGGUUGUCGUCGUCAAAAUGUGUUUAGAAUAUUUUUUAUUUUGUGAACAUACAUUGUUCUGUGUCAAUGUGUAUAAAAUGAAAUCUUUUACUGUGAGUAAGAGUUGUCUAAUCCAAAUAUGAUUUAAUUUUAA